ACUGUGUGUGUGGGGGGGGAGCUGUAUACUGUGUGUGUGUAUGUAUGAGAGUUGUAUACUGAUGCGCUUGUGUUUCCCUGGUGCAGGUGACCAUGGCUGACAGGGCUGCGGCAGAGCGGGCCUGCAAGGAUCCCAAUCCCAUCAUAGACGGCAGGAAAGCCAACGUGAACCUGGCUUACCUGGGGGCCAAGCCGAGGAUCAUGCAACCAGGUUUCACUUUUGGAGUUCAGCAGAUACACCCAGCUUUUGUUCAAAGGCCAUAUGG